UUCAAAUUAAUUCGUAAUUAUUUAAAAGUUACUUUUAUUUUUUGUUGUUACUACAAAGUAAAAUUACAAUGUAUAACCAGAUAAAUUCAUGUAAUUCGAAUAUUCACAUUUCACAAGCUCUUCUAUCUCAGCAUGUUCAAUGUGAGUCUUUGUUUUUCAAUGAUAUUUCACAGGAAAUCAAUACAGAUAUGCGCAAUAAAUUACAUGAGUUUAUGCAAGUACUACCAUACCGUAUAUUUAAAAUGGAAUUGGCCAAUUUUUUUAAACGUAUUGAUGACUUGAUAAAAGAAGGAGAGCAAAAUGGUACAAAUACUUCACGGCUUACAAAUUUGUCCCAAAUGGUUCUAAGUAACUCAAGAUCAUCAACAAGUUUCAGGACACCAUCCACUAUGUCGUCAAUAAGUUGUAACUGUAACAACACAAUUAGACAACCUGAAAGUAAUAGUCAGCUUAUUCCUUUAAAUUCAUUAAAGCCACCUGUACACAGCGGUCAUAAAUCUAAUGAAAUUCUGCUACCACAAGUAAACCAACCAAACCAUGUUUCUCAAGAUUCAUCUGAUGUGUAUACCACACUUGUUGAAGUCAGCCAUAAUAAUAAUAAUACUGCUAAAACUGACGAUAAUCUUGAACAUUUGAAUCUACCUGAAACAGUUUUUAAAUGUCCAUCUGAUCCUAAAGAUACAUAUUCAGGUACGACAACUGUGGUUGAGAAUAAAUCACCUCCAACUUCACAGCAAAAUGAAAAUAUAAGUAAUGGUGGAAAUUCCAUAGAUUUGCUAUGUGAAGCUGUUGGAUUACCUGAUAAAAAUAAGACAACCAUGAGUGAUGCUAAUGAACAUAAUGGUAAACUCCUUGAAAAAUACUUAUCAAAGUGGUCUGUCAACAUGAAGAUAACCAAAUCCAAUAAACCUUGUGUACUAUUAACUGGCACCUUAUUAAAAGCAGAUCAAUCUACCGUUGAAGUAGAACAUCACAAUGCUGAUUUUAUAAUAUGUCGAAAAGAAAAAGAUUUAUUAAAGACAAAUAAUGGUUUAUAUCGUUUACUAGGCGAAAUCAUUGGAGGAUCACCAGAUGAAUUAUACGAAGAAUGUUUAUCCAAAAAUGGUUUCCCGGCGAAAUGGAAAAUGUUGUUAGAUAAGUGUUCUUGGGUUGAUGAUGAAGUCUCUGGUAAAAGUAAAACUAAGUAUGUUACAUUUAAUGAAAAAUCACCAUUGCUUGCAUCAACACCGAAAAGACCUAAAAAACAGCCUGUGAUGUAUGAAACUCCUACUCAAAUUUUAAAGAAGAAGUUACAUCAAAAUAUGCAAAAAGAAACAAAGAGCCGAACACUAAAAGAGAUUGAUGAUUCCAUUAAAGUAACAAAAAAAAGGCGUUCUGGUUCAAAAGAGCAGGCUGGCAAAUUAUUGAAACAAAAAUCACCUAUCAAAACGCCUCAAUUUAUGAGUAGUGCUAACAGUUCUAAAAGUUCCACCAAAAAAAGUAUCCUACAAAAGUCUUUGCUUAAACUGUCAAUAAAUUCUACCAAAAGCAGUGGAAAACAAACUCCACUUUCUGAAAGAAAUGAAAAAACUAAAAAUAAAAUAAAACAAGUCAAAACUAAGUCUAUCAAAAAUAUUAAAACCGUGAAACCUUUAAGCCACAGUGAAUUGAAAAAGAAUAUUGAUAAUUCCAGAAUUUUAAAAGAACAAGAUGCAAAAAUACUCAAAAAUAUAAAACACUCACAUAGUCCUGGAUCUGGGAUUUUUGGUGAUAUCAACGUUGAUAGUUUUGAAGACUCUAACGUGAAUAUGAACGUUAUGUUGUCUGCUGGCAAAUUAAAUAUGGUAUCAGAAUCUGAAAAAUCGAGAUGUGAAACACCACCAUUGUUUGAUCUUCAAUGGAACUCAGGAACCAAGUCUCUAAUCAUGAGUGAGUCACUAACACCACUCGACAAGUUAGUCGAAACCAAAGCUGUAAAACGUGUAAAGCUACCCAAAAUAACUGUAGACGAAGAAAUCAAGAAAAUGAAGAGAAAUAAUAAAUAACUUGAUUUUAAUACCGUCUCCGAGAAAAUGAAUAAGUUGGUACAGUUUGGAAGACAAGGUAAUGCAUCUUAAUUUAUAUAUUUAUAAUAAUUAAUGAAAAUAAAUCUUACAUAUUUUAUUGA